AUGUCCGAUCAGCCGGGGGAAGAACAAACCGCCGAAGUUCGGCAGCGAAGGGUACCGGAUUCACCAGAAGAAAAGAAACAUCUGAAGGCUCCAGAAAGGGACGAUGUUCGACCGACAAGCGAUGAAAGUGAUAUGGAUGCAUUGAUGCAGGAUGAUGAUAGACUGGAACGACUAACAAAGUCAAUUCCACAGGAUAAGGGAAGUCUCGGAGAGUUCGCCGAUUCUAUGCUUGAAUCGCUACCGCCACGGUGGAGGAAUUGGGUUGUUCGAGGCCUUUUCACAGUUAUCAUGAUCUCAACAUUCACUUUUAUCGUCAACCGAGGUGCCACAUGGCUCAUGUUCUUGGUGUUCCUAAUCCAAUUCAAAUGCUUCCAAGAAAUCAUUUCAAUCGGACUCGCCGUCUACCGUCUCUAUGAUUUCCCAUGGUUCCGUGCUCUCUCUUGGUACUUUUUGCUCACCAGCAACUACUUUUUCUUCGGUGAAAGUCUCAUUGACUACUGGGGAAUUGUGCUCAAAAAAGAUAAUUUCCUACACUUCCUAGUUGCCUACCAUCGCCUCGUCUCUUUUGCUCUUUACUGCAUUGGAUUCGUUUCGUUUGUGCUGUCCCUUCGUAAGGGUUACUACAUGAGACAGUUCUCACUGGUAAGAAUCAUUUUCAAAUCAAAAGUGCAUAAAUCAUUUUCUCAGUUCGCCUGGACACAUCUAACUCUUCUGCUCAUCGUCAGUCAAUCGUUCUUCAUCAUCCAAAACAUCUUCCAAGGUCUUAUCUGGUUCCUCGCCCCGGUCGCAAUGAUCAUUUGUUGUGAUGUGAUGUCGUACAUGUUCGGAUUCUUCUGGGGAAAGACGCCGUUAAUCAAAUUAUCACCAAAGAAGACGUGGGAAGGAUUCAUUGGAGGAGCUUUCUCUACCGUUAUUUUCGGGAUUCUGCUUUCUCUUGCUCUCUACAACCGUCCAUUUUUCGUGUGCCCGGUCCAACACUAUCAAACUGAUAGCUCCAACUGCACGAUCCCAUUGGCAUUCCAACUUCAAGACUACCCAGUUCCACGUCCAUUCUCCUUCAUCUACAAAAUUCUCCGCAAAGAACCAGCUGUCCAGCUGUGUCCAUUCGUUUUUCACAGUAUUGCGCUGAGCUUAUUCGCCUCGAUUUUAGGACCGUUCGGUGGAUUCUUUGCUAGUGGAUUCAAGAGAGCUUUCAAGAUUAAGGACUUUGGAGAUGUGAUCCCAGGACAUGGAGGAUUGAUGGAUCGAUUUGAUUGCCAACUUCUGAUGGGAACAUUCGUUAUGGUUUACAUCCACAGCUUCAUUCGAGUUCCAGACGCUUCCAAACUCAUCAAACAAAUCAUGACACUUGAGCCAAACGAACAAUUGGAUAUUUUCAAUUUGUUAAAGUCCGAGCUAUCCAAGACUGGAUUACUGUAA